AUGGACAAGAAGGUGACUGUGAGUAGUCAGCAUGGAUUUACAGUGGGGAAAUCAGGUCUGACCAAACUGAUAGCCCUUUAUGCUGAGGUUAAAGCAGCAACAGGUGAAGAGGUAUCAGCAGAGGAUCUUGGAGGGGCAGAUCUUCACUGCAGAAAAUCUGGUGUAACAGAUCAUUAUGCUUUGGAUGACAGUCAUGCACUUCAUCUAGCAAGGAAAGCUGUGAGAAGUUUAAAUCUCCAAAAGAAAGUAGACGUUACUAUAGAACCUGCAGAAGAGCCUUUAUUCCCUGCUGAUGAAAUAUAUGGAAUAGUUGGCGACCAGCUAAAAAGAAACUUUGAUGUCAAAGAGGUCAUUGCUAGAAUUGUAGAUGGAAGUAAAUUUGAUGAAUUCAAAGCCUUGUAUGGGGAUACUUUAAUUACAGGAUUUGCAAGAAUAUUUGGUUAUCCAGUAGGAAUUAUUGGAAACAAUGGCGUUCUCUUCUCAGAGUCAGCAAAAAAGGGUACACAUUUUAUCCAGUUGUGUUGCCAGAGAAAUAUUCCCAUUGUGUUUUUGCAGAAUAUUACAGGUUUCAUGGUUGGUAGAGAAUACGAAGCUGGAGGGAUAGCAAAAGAUGGUGCCAAGAUGGUAACUGCUGUAGCUUGUGCCAGCGUGCCUAAAAUAACAGUGAUUAUCGGUGGUUCUUACGGAGCUGGAAACUAUGGGAUGUGUGGAAGAGCAUACAGUCCAAGAUUUCUGUAUCUGUGGCCAAAUGCUCGCAUAUCGGUAAUGGGAGGGGAACAAGCUGCAACUGUUCUAGCUACAAUAGCUAAGGACCGAAAAGCAAGGGAGGGAAAACAGUUAUCUGAGGCAGAUGAAGCAGCUUUGAAGGAGCCGAUCAUUAGGAGGUUUGAGGAGGAAGGAAACCCUUAUUAUUCCAGUGCAAGAUUAUGGGAUGAUGGAAUUAUUGAUCCAGCUGACACAAGACUGGUUUUGGGCCUCAGUCUCAGCGCAGCAUUAAAUGCACCUACAAAGAAGACAGAAUUCGGGGUUUUCAGGAUGUAAACUUAAACAUACGCUCAUCAGAAUUACCUCUGUAUAUUUUAUUGGGGGCUGCAGGGCAAAAUAACUACAAUGUUGAGGUGAUUGAAAAAUAAAGAUUUGUACAAUGCUAUUUUUAAUAGAAAUGUCAUCAUUAUUUAUUUUCACUGAGUAAUCAUCACACAGUACUUCAGUGUUUUGAUAGUGAUUUGAGGUCAGUCACUUGUAGUGCUUUUAUAACACUGCAUUGCAUGAAUAAACUGCAACUUCUAGCAUUAUGUUUGACAAGAAACCAUUGAUAUUAUCUCUUAUAUAAAUAAAUCUGCAAAAUAAGCUACA